UCAUCUGGGCUCCAAUUCCAUAACUAGACUAAAUUAUGGUUUCUAAAUGUCCCUCAAGCUUGCAAAUCCUUCCUCUGAAGGGCAUGUCUAGAAGCUCUUUCUACUAAACUUAAUCUAUCUAAGAGGACAGUGGUGAAGGAGGCAACCUGCCCAAUAUGUGAGCAGGUACCUCAAACAGUGAUGCAUAUCUUAUGGGAUUGUAUAUCAGAUAGGGAUGUGUGGGGGCAAAGCUCAAUUAGAAUUAAAAAAUUUACCUCUCAAUGUUCUAGUUUCAAAGCUUUAAUGGAGGAGAUAAUUGGACUUUUUGAUCAAAACUUAAUGGAUGAGAUUGUUGUUACAACUUGGAAACUUUGGUCUAGAAGAAAUGAGUUGAUAUUCAAAGGCAAGUUCCCUCAUCCCAAUCAGGUGCAGCAGUCCAUAAUUUUGUUGAAUGAGCUCAAGCAAGCUAACUGCAGACUCGAUAUCCCCCCCUGCAAACACAACUCAAGGCCUCUCAACCUGGCAAGCUCCCCCUACAAAUGUUUAUAAAAUAAAUUGGGCUGCUGCAGUGGACAAAAUCAAUUGUAAGGCUGGUUCAUCAUCCAUGACUGGGAGGGCACUGUGAAAGCAACACUGAGAAAUAACUAUGACAUUUUUCCAGACCCUUCACUAGCUGGGACCAUUGCUGCUCUCUAUGCAGUCAAAUUUACUCAAGAGCAAGGUUUUAGAAAGAUCAUAUUGGAAGGAGACUCUCUAAUCGUGAUUGAAAGGAUCAAGAAGAACCAAAGUAAAGACACUUGCUGUGGAAUGUUUAUGGCUGAAAUCUUGGAGACCUUGGCAGAGUUUGAACAAUGGUCAGUAAAUCAUAUUGGGCGGGAUUGUAACAAGGCAGCACAUGCCUCAAGUAAAGAGGCUUUGGGAGCUCAGGAGUCACAAUUGAUCUCCACGAGUUUCCCACAUGUAUUCUCCCUUUUUGUUAAGAAAUAUAAGAGUUAAAUCUAUUACUCAAAAAAAAAAAAAAAAAAAAAGCCAUUCGGUCAUUUCUUAUAAGCAGUUACGCGGUUAUUUGCAGGAAAACGAGAAGAGAGAGAGAGGGGGGGGGGGGGGGGGAGCCAUGUCCGCAUAUAUCCCUGAAGAUUUGGUUCUUGAAAUUCUCCCCGGGCUUCCCCUAAAAUGUCUUAUUCGAUUCCGAUCCGUCAGCAAAUCUUGGGCCACCCUCAUAGGCACUCCCGAUUACCUCUCCAAAAGUCUCAUCAACGAUUGUAUUCUCGCCAACCCUUCCCAUCAACUCCUCUUCGUAAAACGCGCCCCCAAAUCCAUAGACGGAAGACUGUCUUACUCAUUCCUGUGCUACAGCACUCUGGCCUCUGCCUCUAAAACUCAUCAAGAUCUUCCGUUACAAAACCCGUAUGAUAUUAAGAUUGCGGGUUCCUGUAAUGGCUUGCUCUGUCUCUUUGACUACUACGGCAACGGCAACAUCGUUGUCUGGAACCCCACCACGCUGGAGUUCAUGCUCCUCCCUCACGCUUGGUUCGUGGACACCGUCUGUUUUGGUUUCGACCCGAUACACGACGAGUUUAAGGUUUUGAGGAUUCGCUAUGUGCAGGAGAGUGAUGAGCCGGAUCUCCCUCCAUACCGGGCUUGUCCUGUCCGUCUGAACCAGGAAGUGGAGGUUUAUAGCCUAAGCGGCGGUUCUUGGAGAAAUCUUGUCGUCGAUGUUGAAGUGCCUAAGUUUCAAGGAGUCGAUUCAUCUUAUAUGAAUGGUGUUUGUUUCUGGUUGGCGCAAAGUUAUUAUGGGGACGAGAAGAUUGUUGCGUUCGACGUGUGCGACGAGGUGUUCCGAACGAUGGCAUUGCCCAAUUAUAGUCUUGUAUAUGGUGAAUUCACUUGGAGGACUCUCACGGUACUAAAAGAAUCGGUUGCUUUGAUAGUUUAUCCUCGUAAAGAUAAUGGGGAGGAGAGAUUCCUGGAUAUAUGGGUGUUGCUGGAGUUUGGUGUUAAAGAAUCUUGGAUUCGGCUGGUGAGGAUCGUACCCAUUUGCGGCUUUGGAUGGCCGUUGGGGUUUUGGAAGAGGGGUGAGUUGUUUAUUGUGCGCAGAGAGGGGCAGCUGGUAUUGUAUGACCCUUUUACUCAGACAGUAAGAACUCUACAGCUUGAUGGGGAGUGGUUCCAGGUUCUACCUUUCACCCGUAGUUCAGUUGGGAUCAACGGAUCGGGAUUUUUAGAUGGUUAG